CUAAAAAGAUAUAUUUAUAUUGUAGUUUUUUUUUAUCAUAUUUAUAUUGUAGUAUGGUUAAUUCAUGCCAGUAUGGUUACUUCUACUAGGCGGCGCGGCAAUACGUUCUCCCAUAAGCGACACGCCCAAAGUACGAUUACCUCGCGGGGAAGAAGGUUCAAUCUUCGACGAAGCCUGAAAUCGAAGGUGUUUCUUGCUGGCCUCCGACCAUAUCUUAUUGCAUCGAAUAAUAAACUAGAAAAGCAUCUAUUCUACUAGCUGGUGUCUCUGGGAUCCGCCUAAUACUAGCAGAGAGGAAGUAGCAUAGAAUAACGUUUUUAGUGAGCAAACAAGAAAUGGUGAUGACUUCACAGGCCUACAAGUUAAGAUCACGAACAAUCUACAAGGCACAGAUCAGGCCUUCCAAAACCAAAAGCUGCAGCAGAUCUGUUCGGGCGAAGGAACCUGCUAGGCGUAGGGGGAAACCUGUCAAGGGCCGCGGAGGUUAUGGUCCGCCAUUAACUCAGUGGUCAGCCAAGGAUCUAGAAAUCAUGGAUUGGUUUGAUCGGCGUCUUGCUAAGCUAGCACUUGACUACUACCAUAACUCAUGUAAGGAUGGAGUCACCUAUGAGGUGGUGGAGGCAAAGAGAAGCACCGAUUUCGAUCUACCCGACAAGAAAGGGUAUAUAAAGGCUCAUACCAACUUCACUGCCAAGCCCAAAAACUCAAAUGGAUCCACAAUGCUCUUCUUUGCGGAGAUAUCUCUUCCAGAUUCAAUUCUCAAACCCCUGGAAGCCUCUACUUGUACUGUUCAUGGUUGCUACAUGCUUGGCGCUGUUGGUGAAGUUGAUACAGGUCUUAAUGGCUGCCUCGCCUGUCGUGGAACCCAUGGACCAGUUCUUCAUCACCCUCAUGAUGAUGGAGCAUUUGAUAUUGGUUAUGGGAUGUAUCGCUUGCCGUAGUUGGUGCAUGGGCUGCUAUCCCGUAGUAGUGAUUUAUCUUCAUUUGCGUGAUUAUCUUUAUUUGUAAAACUAUCCUUUUGAAUCUAUUUACUCUGCUAUCUUCUUAGUUACAAUGAUAGUCCAGGAGGAUCUCCAAAUAGUUAUGUCCCCCAUCUUCCAACCAAAAUCUGUGAAGUUAAAACAGUUCAAUGUAGUUGCAAAAAAUAACUCCAUGUCAGAAAAAGGUACAUAUGUUCCAAAAUAUGUCAACUUGUUCAUGUUUGAUUAUGAUAUAGAUAUCAUCAUCAAUUGUUUAUGUUUCAUUUGGUUUCAGAAGCUUCUUAAUUAAAUCUCACUCGUGUUGCGAUUGAUAUUAGUCGUUCCCCUCAUAUGUAGCCUAUGUGUCCCUUAUGGUGCUUUAUUCAGUUUAGUUUCGCACAUGUAAUGAGCGCUGCAAUGAUGAUUUUUUAUGAAUACACAGA